AUGUUGCCACGACUUACAAGCAUCUCGGAGGUCUCACAGAUCCAGAGUCUCGUCACAGCGUUGGCUGACAGAGGGACCGAGUGGAAGACGCAUCUCAAACAGGUCCGCCAUGUGAAACAUGGUCGCGAGCAAGAGGAGUUUGCCUUCCAGAAGAGAGCUGGUCAGCCGAGGGUUCUCCGAUCCAGUCAAGAACCUUGGGGGCUGGUUGGUAUGAGCCAGCGAGAACAUACUCAGUGUCUUGUCGGCUCAAGGCUCCUACAAUUCACGAUCAUCUUAGUGCUUGACUGCAUUGCUGCCGCAACAAGCUGCUUGGUUGAGCACCCUGAUGAACCAUAUGACGAUGCCAGUUUAGCGUCGAUUUGGCGCUUGAGGGUUUUACGUGCAAUGCUGGCGCUGCUACCUAUGAGAAAGCUCCGAGUCUGGCAGGGACAGUUCGGGGCAAAAUCUCCGAAGCCCACAGCAUUGAUGGUUCACGGCCUUCGAACACUGGAGAAUCGUCUUGAAGAACAAAGAUCGUUCGAGAUGCCUGCAACUCGAUCGAUAGGCCGCACGGUAGAGGGCACCUUUGCAACUAGUGAGCUGAAAGAGUACCCGCCAAGACUGUGCUUGGGCAUAGCGCAUGCGGUCGUUGAUAGCUUCAAAGAAGCAAGUGCAGGCGGCCCGGAUCCCGAGGAGAUUGAGCUUGGAGGUGACGCCUUCCUUGAGACCGUCACGCGGCCCGACUUCGGCGGCAGACGGAUCUCUACCCGGCCACAACCUGGAGACAAAGUGAAGCUCUCGAAGGCCUACAAACAAUUUGACGGGGAAGAUGGCUGCUUGAAGCCAGGUCAGAUUGGAACGCUCGUGGAAGAUGACCGCACAUCAUGCCCGUUUCUGGUUGAGGGGCCCAAUGGCUGCUCCCACUGGUACAAUGACGGUGCUCUUGUGGUUGUGAACAAAGAAGACAAAGAGCUUCUCACACCACUUGGAGACAUGUUUGAAGGGGUGGCCUUGCUUCGCUUCCCCGUCUGUGAAGGACACUGGUACUGCGAAUUGGAGGUGAGCAAACUCGGAAAGUGCAAGCCUCGGUCCUCACUGCAUGACAAGAUGUAUCAUGAUGUAUCAGGGUUGCUCAUAUUUGCUUAUGACACUGCGGGACUGGAUUGCUAA